CAUUCCUCAUGGAGCUAAUGGAGCUAAAAGACUCAUUUUUGAAUUUUGACAAUGUUUUAGCUUACUAAAUAACGGACUAAAUCAAAAUUACAGAGUGAACUUUCUGUUCUUACUUUCUAUGUAGUCUUGGGCAGUAAAAUGCAACAAUGCAUCAACCUCUAUUUUUGGAGCUAAUGGAGCUAAAAGACUCAUUUUUGAAUUUUGACAAUGUAGCUUACUAAAUAACGGACUAAAUCCAAAUUACAGAGUGAACUUUCUGUUCUUACUUUCUAUGUAGUCUUGGGCAGUAAAAUGCAACAAUGCAUCAACCUCUAUUCCUUGGGAUGUUUGUUUCUUGUUGCUUGCUCACACAUGCAUUUUACUUCAAUACUUCAUUAUGUUUUUCUCACGUGUUCUUAUUUUUAAGUUUCUUUGAAAAAACACAUUGUAGGAGUUCCCCUUCUCAUUCGUUUCCUCAUGAUCAAAAUAGAGCUGGACCAUCUGGCUUCCAGUCUUUUUCAGAAUCUGUAAAGUCAAGGCUAAGUGCAAUGUCAAUGAGAUACAAAGAGUCCAUCACCAAGAGCACAAGAGGUUGGAAAGAGAGAUUUUUCUCCCGAAAUAGUCCUGUAUUAGAUCAUGGUCCUGAAUCUAGGAACAGGGGUAGUUCAGAUAUUUCCACCGUAUCACACCUUAUGCGGCAACUUGCACCUAGGCAGGAGGCUAGUAGUACAACCCCUGUUUCUUUAUCAAAUAGGCUAGUGGAAGAUUUGUCAACUUUACAGCCGUAUCGUUCUGAGGAGCUAAUCUCGGAAACCGGUGGUAACCGUUCUUUAGGAGAGACUUACCAUCAAACUCCACCUCCACCUGCUACUAGCUCUGCUUCAAUCUGAGUUUUGUUGGACAAGUUGUUGCUGGCUACAAGACUGAUAAUCUUGGGAGUAGUGGUGUGCAUGCUUCAAAGCCUCCUUAGUCAACAUAUGAUCUAUGAGCAACAGUUUAAUUUUUUAUACUCCGUAUGUAAUUUGUUUCAUAUGUUGCCAACUAUAUUUAUGGUUAUGUCUUGUUUUUCCUUUUUCUUCAUCAGACUGAAUUUAUUCACAUUUUAUUAAUCAGAUGUACGGAGUAAUUGCAUUAUAAUGAGCAUUUGAUUUAAUUGAAGGCACAUUAUUUUUACUUCAUAUCUUGACAAUGUUUAGCUUCUGCUAAAUAAUGGGCUAAAUCAAAA